AUGGCUGAUAAUCUGACAACAACAGGAACAUUUUGGGUAUUUUUGUCGGUAUCAAGUGCUUUGUUGGCCUGCUCAGGAUUUUUCCUACCCUACUGGGUGCAAGGAAAGAUAUACAACUCCACUGUAUAUUUGGGGGUCUUCCGUCGAUGUAACUUCUUAAUAAAAGGAGAAGAUGGCGUCUCGUUUAUGGAGAAAGCCUGCGGAAGGUACGCUAGUUUUCAAGACAUUCCAUCAGAAGCGUGGAAAGCUUGCACUGUAAUGAGUGGAAUCGGCUGUGGUUUCUUGCUUCUCGUUGCAUUAACAGCCGCCGUAGCGUGCUGUUGCAAGGACGUUGUCACGAGAAGUUCGGCGCGGAUUGGAGGCGCGUUUCAAUUCCUUGCUGGUGAGUAUCUUUAUUUGCGUGUCGUGUUUAAUAAUUAAGUACUAAAAUACUUAGAAAACACUUCAGCCUAGCUCUUGAAGCAAACACCCGUGGUGAUCGUAAUAAUGUAAUAAUGUCCGCCUUUACAACUGCUUGUAUGCCUUAGAAAAGGAUUUUCUUUCCCUUCUGGGAAUUAUCUUGCCUAGUAUUUUGUUUACAAACUAUUGUCAAACUAUCGAUAACAAGCUUGUGAAAAAUGUGUUAUCGGAAAUAUGCAUGUCCAAUAAAUUGACAAAUUUUGACAGUCAUCCGGAGAUGUUCCAAAUAUUAUCAGUCAUCGAGUCCGCAUUAUCUGAGAUAAGUUGGGUUCACAUUAGACCACUAAGUCUGACUUAGUAAUCUCUUAAGUCGACUUAGUGAAAAUGACAGGUAUGAACCGCUAAGUCACAGAAGCGUGAUUUCUGUCUUAGUGUCGGCAAACUCAAACGACCUAAGCAAUUCUUAAGUCUGUUUCAAACAUGACUUAAGGCUGACUUAAGAAACCUGAUAGCAAAAAAAAUUCAAAAUCGUGGGUUUUAUCAGAUAGAGAUUCCUGCGUUAGGCGCCAAAAGCAAAGAAAUCACGACACAGUUUCUUCUCACGAACAAAAUUAACUGAAGAUGCAUCGCCGAGGGGACGAAACGUUAGAAGGCAAUUACGCUACCGACUUUUUACCUUAUGCGACGUGGAAAGUCUCCAAACACCAACAGCAACACGCUUCUCUACAGACACAGGCUUUCUCAAUCUCGUUUCCCGUCUCGUCAGAUCACCACGAAGAAUUCGGCAAAGCUCGUCAAACGUUUCACGUUCCAUUCUAAAGUUUGGUUUCACCUCGUCUUCGCGUGAACGUUCACCUCGUCUUCGGUGAACGCUCAAAAGUAGGGCGGUCAGAAAAAGCAGGCUUUCACGCUCUUCAACAAAAUCUUCCGUCAUUCCUUCACGAAGGAACAUAAGAUUUUGUAAGGUUAUUUGGCUGAUCAACCUUUGUAAAUUUAAUAAACAGACAAAAGUCGCAAUUACAGCGAUUUUACGGCUUCUCGGUCUCAUUUUGAUCUCAACUUCUUCGCUAAAAUGGAUCGUGACUACCUCGCCACAUUUAUGAUGUUAGUUACCUUAUCUGUUAUUUUUAUCGUUAAUGAUGACAGCUUUGCACAGAAAGAAUUUGUCUUGUAGAUAUGUCUGAACGCUUAAGCGGACUUAGGGUGACUUGGCUUGACUUAGGCUAAGACAGACUUAGUGCCUAGUGUGAACCCACAAAUUACAAUUACGGACCAAAAAUCGGCUAACAUUUUCUCGAUAAUCUAUCCCGAGUCUUGUUUGCAAACAUAAACCGCCAUAUGGCGCGGGCCACAAAUAAAAGACGAUAAAAUUAUUAUCCUUUAGGGUGCCGGAUUAAUACGCGCGGAAUACUUAAUACUUCAUGUGAUGACGAGUACAUACUGUUUAAGCUGUACUUCAUCUUUUGAAUGAAUUGUACUAAUUUCUAUGUACUUUGUUUCUCUAGUUGGUUGACUCGUUACGGCUUGAGCUAAUAGUCGUUUAAGCUUCCCAUUCGGCUGAAACACCCAAAAAUUAAUAAAAGAUUGAAAUGUUAUACAAAGCCCGUCAUUUGGAAAGUAUGCAAUUUUAUAGUUUAAUGACCCAUUUCCCGUGUAAGAGUCGAGAAAGAUUCCACCAAAUUCAAGGAACACCCACUUUUCGAUUCCCUGUUAUUAAAAACGAGUUAUAAUCCAGGAUACUACUUUAACGAAUGAACAGAUAUUUUCUCCAGACUUUAGUUAUGUCUAAAAUGUGUGUUCAUUCUCUUUACGGAGGUCAACCGCAGAAAUUGGCCUUUGUUGUAUUUGAAAUAUAAACUAUUGUGUUUCAAACGAAAUUCUGCAUGAGAAAUUUCUGCAAUUUGAUUGGCUUAGAGCAGUGGUAUUUCAGCUUAAUUUGAAAUACCUACAUGUGAAAAUUACAAACCUUGUGUGGGUAGUAGUAUAAACAAAUAAUAGCAUGAUUUGCACGUGAUAUUUGGCAUAAAUACCACUCGUGAUAUUUCAAAGUUGUCUCAAAUUUCACUCGCCUAACGUCUCGUGAAAUUACGUACAACACUUUCGAAAUAUCACUCGUGGUAUUUAUGCCAAAUAUCACUACAAAUCAUGCUAUUACCUAUACAAAUUCGUGUUCCGGUUUUAAGUUUCUUUUGUGUUUUGAUUGCCUCCAAAACCAAGAUAAAAAUAUUCAAAUAACUUUUGACCAUCAGCAAACUAACGGCGGUGAAUUCGUUGUGCAACGAAUGCUCCUUGUCAUACAGACAGUUGCAGAAGGAUAAUGGCCAAAAUUAACACAGCCAUUGGAUUUUUUUUUAAAUUAAAUUACUAACUCUGACUGAACCACCCAGUAUAAAACUAACUUGAGUACUCGUUUUUUCCCUCGGGAAAGGUUAGACGACUGUAAUAUCGGACUGUAAAAGUUUUACGUCUCCUAUCAUGAGCUGUGACUAACUAUAAAACGCCAGUUUUAAAACCAGAGAUAUAAAAGGCUUCUAGCCUAAGGGCUGUUUUCCAGUAGAGCGAGGCCGGGUUCAACUGUUACGUUUACGCGCGACGUUCAAUAGAUUGCCGCUAUUUUAUUUACCCGCGUAAAAUCUACGUGCGUAAGGACGUCAAAAUUAUGCGACGAUGGAAAUCCACCUUGAGAAAACAGCCGACCUUUCGCGAUUUCCCUGCGAAAUGACCCCUCUGAUUGGUCAUGCCCAGGGGAAACUUUGCCUCAACCAAUCAGAAACACUACCCAGAUCUGGGUAGUGACACGUCAUCAGUAUGGAAUUUCUGCGCUUGUUCCACCGUCGCGAAAAAGUCUCCUGUUUUUCAGGCUAAAGGCCUUCUAGCAUUAUUUCUCUUUUACUUUUUUUACAGGCUUCCUUCUUGCCAUAUCCUGCGGUAUUUAUCCAUCAGGCUGGGGCAGUGUUGAAUUCAAGCAAGUUUGUGGCGAUGAAGCGAAUUUUUAUAAACUGGGCCACUGUAAACUAAGUUGGGCUUUUUUUGUAUAUGUAUCUGGCACUGGUAUAGCAUUCGUGUGCGCGGCAUUGUCAGCUCGAGUUGCUAAACAGAGAAAACCCCUAUAUAUAAGGACUGGCGUCGAAAGAUCAAACAGUUUUAUGUGA